CGGCUCUCCAGCCCCUCCGCCUUCCUUCUGCCGCCGGAGCAGCGCCAUGGCCAAGGAAGGAGCCCAGAAAGCCGAGGAGACGGAGCAGAUGAUCGAGAAGGAGGCGCCCGAAGGCGGCGGCGGCGGCUGCAACGGCAACGGCGGCGGCAUCAGCGGCGAAGGCAACAGCGGCGGCGGCGGCGGCAGUCCAAAAGCCGGGGAUGCCAAGGACAUGCGAGCCGUGGUGCUCUCCGCCUUCGGGGGCCUCAACAAGCUCCGGGUGUCUAAAAAAGUGAUGCCGGAGCCUCAGGAAGGAGAGCUGAAGAUCCGCGUGAAAGCCUGUGGCUUAAAUUUUAUUGAUCUGAUGGUUCGCCAGGGGAACAUUGAUAACCCACCCAAAACACCACUUAUACCUGGAUUUGAAUGCUCUGGAAUUGUAGAAGCUCUGGGUGACAAUGUGAAAGGUUAUGAGAUUGGAGACAGAGUCAUGGCCUUUACCAACUACAACGCCUGGGCUGAGGUUGUAUGCACACCCGUUGACUUUGUGUACAAAAUUCCCGAUGACAUAAGCUUCUCCGAAGCGGCGGCUUUUCCUAUGAACUUUGUAACUGCAUACAUGAUGCUCUUUGAAGUUGCCAACUUGCGAGCAGGCAUGUCAGUGCUGGUUCAUUCUGCAGGGGGCGGAGUGGGACAAGCUAUUGCUCAACUCUGCUCAACAGUUCCCAAUGUUACUGUCUUUGGAACGGCUUCUUCCUUCAAGCAUGAGGCCAUCAAAGAGUCUGUCACCUAUCUGUUUGACCGAAAUAUGGAUUAUGUCCAAGAAGUUAAAAAGAUCUCCGCAGAUGGUGUAGACAUUGUCCUGGAUUGCCUUUGCGGUGAAAAUACUGGUAAAGGCCUCAGUCUACUCAAACCACUUGGGACUUACAUUUUAUAUGGCUCAUCAAACAUGGUUACUGGGGAAACCAAAAGUUUCUUCAGCUUUGCCAAAUCAUGGUGGCAAGUGGAGAAAGUAAAUCCUAUCAAACUCUACGAAGAAAACAAAGUCAUGGCUGGAUUUUCUCUGUUGAACCUGCUUUUCAAACAGGGCCGAAGUAGCCUUGUCACUAAAGUAAUGGACAAUCUCAUAAAACUUUACAACGAGAAGAAGAUCAAACCAGUGAUUGAUUCACUGUGGGCACUGGAAGAGGUGAAGGAAGCAAUGCAAAGAAUCCAUGACAGAGGUAAUAUAGGAAAAUUAAUUCUGGAUGUGGAGAAGUCACCUACUCCUUUGAUGGCCAACGAUAGCACAGAGACCAGCGAAGCUGCCGAAGAGGAAGAAGACCACGAGGGGGACAAUGAGAACAAAGAGUGUAUACCAUUCAUCCAACAGUAGUUGGAAAAGGUGGGGAUGAGAGCUGGAAGAGUUGAUAAAGCAGAAGAAGGGAAGACAACUGGGGAAACCCAUUUUGUGCACCAAAUGCUCUAGUACAGUGUGUGCUGUUUUGUUUUUCCUUUUGUCUGCAGUCAGCUGAGCUAUCAGGUGUUGGUCAUUGAUGUUUUGAACUGAAGUGCCAUUCUGACUUUCCCAGUAUUAUGACAUUCCAUCCUGUGGUCUCCAGUUUGCCUGUAAAAGUCUUGUUGAAUACCUAUCAAAAGCCUUAUUAUCAUCUACAGUGAUAGGAGACACAAACAUAUUUCCAUGUUGAUUCCCGAGGCAAAUUUUCAAGCCACUUUGAUAGAGUUGAGAUUGGUUGGUUUUGGAAAGAGGAAGGAGGUUAGGUUCUGUGGACAGUGUUGUAGUCCAUAUGUACAAUAGUUAAAGACAUGCAUAGCCUGGACUCUUAUUGGCAUUUUCUUCUCUUAAAACACAAGUAUGCAAUUUGUAGCCCAGACCAACCCCUACCUAUUGCCAACUGUAUUUAGGCAAUUUUAAAUUAAAAUGGAAAUUCACUUUGAUGUGGUAGUUAAAGCAUCAGGCUAGAAACCAGGAAACUGUGAAUUCUAGUUCCACUUUGGGCACCAAACCACCCAAGUGACAUUGGACGGGCCAGUCACUUUCUCUCAGCUCUAGGAAUGAGGCAGUGGCAAACUACUUUUGAAAAACCUUGCCAAAAAGCCCCCUGCAGGGACUUGCCCAGGCAGUCUCUGAGAAUUGGACACAGUUGAACAGAAGAAAAACAUGUGAAAAUUAGCAGUUUGGUAAUAUGGGGGGAUAUGCACAGAAAUCUAUUUAAAAUGUAUUUGCUUUCUCUUUGGUGACACUUAACUUUUCUCUCUCCUCAGCCCUAUGAAAUGUUCCGAUUGAUCCACAGGCAAAUGUUGUGCUCGUGAUUUAUAAUAGGUGGGAAAGUUAGUACAAAUAGACCCUCUCUGUUGAUAAACUGAUACAAAGCCUUAAACCAGUGGUUCUCAACCUUUCUAAUGCCGCGACCCCAUAAUACAGUUCCCCAUGUUGUGGUGACCCCCAACCACUUAUACAUCACCGGGUGCCAGGGGCGUGGCCAAAGAAAAGGGGGGAA